UCGUCAAAGGCGACAGUGGAUUCGUCGGCGAUAACGAGGAUUGUAGCGUCAAGAUCCUUCGUGAUCAAUUCGCUACGUGGGUGCGGCAUUUCGAGGGUCUGUACCGACAAGGAAGUGCUGAGGAAGGAGCGUGUCAUGCCGGAAUACCUCCAGCAGGAAGUGGUCGACGCAAUUAGGUCAAAAGAUGAGGCGGAGACCUGCGAUCGCCACCGCAAUAGCGCCGAAAAGAAAAUCUUCAAGGACGCGCCGGCGCGUUGCAAUGCCCCAUGGUGGUCUUCCUCAAUUCAAAGAGAGGUGGCCGCCAUGGCCCCGUACUCAAGAAGCGGUCAGAUCUUCUCCCAGUUGAUCUACUAA